GGAAGCAGGAAGUGCCGUCAACAUUAGAGCGAAAUUCAAACUUGUGGAAACCAAACAUUUUACAGCUUGAGGGUUUUGUGGUCUACGUUUGUUUUCAGACUUAACUCAGGUUUAUUUUUGGCUAGCUGGAUCCGGGAUGCCUGUGGAAAGGACUGAGCUGCGCGGAGUUGCAGACCAUUAUGAAAUUUAUGAGACUAUCGGCUCAGGGGGCUUUGCGAAAGUCAAGCUGGGUCGACACAUCUUGACAAGAGAGAAGGUUGCCAUCAAAAUCAUGAAUAAGAAAGAUCUUGGGGAAGACCUGCCCCGUGUAAAGUUGGAGAUAGAAGCCAUGAAGAACUUGAGUCAUCAGCAUAUCUGUCGACUGUACCAAGUCAUAGAAACGUCUUCACAGAUAUUUAUGAUUCUUGAGUACUGCCCAGGGGGAGAGUUGUUCGAUUACAUUAUAGCAAAGGACCGACUGUCGGAGCAGGAAACCAGAGUGUUCUUCAGGCAGAUUGUGUCAGCGAUGGCCUACGUUCACAGCCAGGGAUACGCACACAGAGACCUUAAACCGGAAAACCUGCUGAUUGAUGAGAACCAUAACUUGAAGCUCAUAGACUUUGGCUUAUGUGCCAAACCCAAGGGGGGGUUGGGUUAUGAGCUGAAGACGUGUUGUGGGAGUCCUGCAUACGCUGCUCCUGAACUCAUCCAGGGAAAAACAUACAUUGGAUCAGAGGCUGAUGUAUGGAGCAUGGGGGUUCUGUUGUUCGCUCUGCUCUGUGGCUACCUCCCCUUUGAUGAUGACAACUGCAUGGUCCUUUAUAGGAAGAUUACAAGAGGUAAAUACGAUAACCCUCAGUGGCUCUCUACAGGAAGUAUCCUCCUCCUCAACCAGAUGAUGCAGGUGGACCCAAAGCGUCGUCUGACUGUCCGGCAUCUGUUGGAGCAUCCCUGGGUUAUGAAGGACUAUAACAGCCCUGUGGAGUGGCACAGCAAGCAGCCGCUUGGCCAUCUAGAUGAAGACUGCAUUACAGAGAUGGCAGUCCACAUGAAGCGGUCAAGAGAAAGCACCACAGCACUCGUGAAAGAGUGGAAGUAUGACCAAACCACAGCCACCUACCUGCUGCUGCUGUCGAAGAAGCAGAGAGGAAAGCCUGUCCGUCUGUGUCCUGAAGCAGCUGUCUACGAGGGGUCUCCUCUGCACCAACUGCAGACAAGAGAACUCCUUCAGUACAGUGAGGAUGACGAUGCUGUGAUUAUUGGAUCUUUGGACUUUUGCUCAGACUACCUUGAUGACUGCCAGUGGACCUCUGUCCAACAGCACACGCCCCAGAGAGUCCAAGGUCAUCUGAACGGAAACACUAACAGAGACACGAGGCUGGCCUCACCUUCAGUGGAAAACAGAUACGCUUCCAGCCCGACAGCAGAGAGGGGGAGGACGCCGACGCCACACCACCAGAAAAGGAAGGAGAAAGACCGCGAACAGAUCAGCGAAAACAAGGAGAACGUCGCCGAGGAGAAAAAAGAUGAAACGUUUGCGUUGCCUCCGCCACGCACCCCGGCGUCCAGCAAGAAGAGCGCUCGCCCCAACAGGAACGUGUUGACCACUCCCAACAAAAACACAAACAGCGCCACCAAAUCCACUGCGGGAACACCUAAAGGUGGUGACAGUGUGUCUAAGGAGCAAAAUAAGAAGAAAGCAGCAGAAAACAAGGAUUCUGCAAACAUAGAAAUACUGGCGUUCAGUCCAGAGCGAAGGUCUAGGUCGCUGGAUAUGGCUGCCACAGAAGACAGUGGGAAGAAGAAGCGAGGAGGGAAAAUGUUUGGUUCCCUGGAGAGAGGCCUGGAUAAAGUAAUCACCAUGCUCACCCCGAGUAAAAGACGAGCCCAGCGGGACGCCCCGCGUAAGAUUAAGGCUCAGUAUAAUGUGACUCUGACCAGUCAGACCAAUCCAGAUCAGGUCCUAAACCAGAUCCUCUCUGUCCUGCCGGAGAAAAAUGUUGACUUCACACAGAAAGGGUACACCCUGAAGUGUCAGACCUGGGGGGACUUUGGGAAGGUGACCAUGGCGUUUGAGCUGGAGGUGUGCCUGCUGCAGAGGCCAGAGGUCGUUGGGGUUCGUCGCCAGAGGCUGAAGGGAGAUGCUUGGGUUUACAAACAUCUGGUGGAGGACAUCCUCUCUACAUCCAGUAUCUGAGUUAAAAAGCUCUCUGCAGUUAUACUGCUUCCACUUAUCAACACAAAGGACUUUGAUGCUGCUUUUUUGUAACACAACCUUCCUUUGUGUCUUCAUGAAUGGAGAAAGACUCAUCAGUGAGUGAGAAAUUGGAACGGAGGAAGAUGUGCACAUUAUUAUGUCUUCUCUGGAAUAUUUCUGCCUUUAGGUCAGCAUUAUAUAAAAAACAUGAUUUAUUAAGUUUAUGUCAGGAUUGUGUGUUAAUUUUGCUUUAUGUAGAGCAUGUUUUACUUCCCUUUAUUAUUAUUAAAGUGAUUUCUAUAGGAUUUCUUUUGAUAAAUAAAUGAGUAUGAAACAUAGCACCAUCCUUCUGAUCUGCUUAUUAACAUCUUUCUGUCUUGAUGUUAUUCAGCCCUGAAGGAGUAACACUUGGCUGAACGAGUUAAAGACACAGAUCAUCACUAAUUUACUAUCACUGUUUGUUUUUUAAUGCCUUCAAUUGUCUGAUGUUUUACACUGUUCUUUAUGCGUUUCUCUGUCUCAUUGUCACUCUGUUUUAUGAUAGUUUUAUUGACAAAGUAAAAGGAACAAAAUAAAUGAUUUCUGCUUUUACUAAGA